AUGAGCUCGAAAGAAAUCAAAGCCUUACUAAAAGAAGCUCGAGAAGCAAUAAAGGAAAAGGACUAUCAACUUGCUAUACAAAAGUGCAAGGAAAUUCUUAUUAAUGAUAAAAAGAAUGGGAUGGCUUACAUUUUACUUGGUGCCGCUUUUCAAGAAACGAAUAAAUCUGAAGCUGUUAAAUAUUUAAGAUGUGCAUUGGACUGUCAGGGAGAUUAUAAGUUGUUAUCUCUCCAAGGUUUAAGCAAUUGCGUAAAACCAGACGAACUGACAGAUGUUAUUGAACAACUUCUUCAAUUGGCACCUGAAAAAUAUCUUGAAUGCUAUGCAAAACUCUCUAAUGUAACACAUCAAAUAAGCGAUCAAUCUCAACUAAUUAAUUUCUUUUGUCAUGAAAUUAAAUCAGACGAUAAUGACAGAAAAUAUCAAGCAUUGAAACAUCUUCUAAAUGUCUUUAUGAAAAAUCGAGAAUUGGCAGCAGAGACUUAUAAAGAUGAGUAUUUAGAAUGUUUGGAAAUUGGGAUUCAAGAUAAGAACCAUCUUCAUCAUUUUGAGAUUUGUCGCGAUUACUUCAAACUUCUUCAUCAAAAAAGACGAUUCGAGGAUCUCACACGAAAAGCUGAGGAAAUCUCGUCAGUAUAUGAAAAUAAUGUGAUGCCUCUAGAGUGGAUAUGUAAGAUUUACAUAGAAAAUGAAGAUUUCCCAAUAAGUCAAUACUUGAAAUCAAAUUUCGGGUUAUUUGUUGAACGUUUGUUGGAGCUCAAUCCAAACUCAGUCAUUGGAUUAAUGGCAAGUGCUCUUGUGAAACUCGUAAUUGGAGAUCUCGGCGUUGCACGUGAUAUUCUAGUGAAAGUUAAUCUUUUGAAGCCAAACUGGUCGUUAUGCUUAAAAAAACUUUCUUCCAUUCAUAUUCGUCUUCGAGCUCAUCUUUUAGCUGAACUUGUCUUUCGUCAACUGAAGGAUUGUGAUGUAGAUUUGGCUGAAAAUCUCAUUGAACAGCAAACUGAUGAGAAAAUAAAUGGAGCACUAGAAAUUAUCGAAAGAAAUGAAGAUGAACGUUGCUUAGUUUUAAAAACAAAAGCACAAAUUUAUCUGCAAAACUUUGAAAUUGCUCAAGACUUGGUUUCGAGAUUAAAAUUAAUGAACUUCGAUACGAGAAUACUUCAAGCAACAAUGCUUCGUUUCAAAGGAGAGAAUUUAGAGGCUGUGAAUAUUCUUCAAGACUUGGAAGAUCACGAAGCUAAUUUAGAACGUGGUCGAAACCUUUUUGCAUUAAAAAAGUUCGAUGAUUCAUUGUUAAGCAUUCUCAAAGCAACGAAACUCGAUUCUACCAACUCAGAAUGCUUUUUUUGGCUAGGACGAAUUUAUGUCGCAAUCAACGAUGAAGUACGAAGUAGAAAAUGCUUCGAGAAAUGUUUAAGUUUGAAUCCACAAAAUGAAAAGGCGAUAACAUUUCUCUCAGCCAUUUAUAGAAAGAAUAAAAAUUGGGACGAAAAUUUGGCGAUGCUUGAAAAUUCUGUGAAAUCUGUUGACGGUCAUCAUCAGAAGUCUGCAAGUUUUCAACUUGGUUUACAUCAUUUAAGCCAACAGAACUUCGAUAAUGCUAUAACUUCUUUUAGAAAUGCUUUGAAAUAUGAUCCAAAUAAUGAGAAAUGUUGGGAAAGUCUUGCUGAUUCCUAUUUUGGUAGAGGUUCAUACGCUUCAGCCUUGAAAGUAUUUGAGAAAAGUGUCGAAAUAAAUUCAAAGAAUUCUUAUGCAAAACUUCUAAUUGCUAAGAUUAAAUUUAUUCUUCAACAAUAUCAAGAAUCAAUUGAAGAUUAUAACAAACUUUUAAUCGAACUCACAGAUUAUCUUCCAGCUUUAAAGGGACUUGCUGAAAGUCACUUCGGACGUGCUUAUUAUUUACAUGAGAAUCAUCGCAGUGGACGUGCUCGAAAUCAUUGCCAAGAAAGUUUACAAUUCUUAGAGAAAGCAAUUCAGAUUGAACCGAAUUUUUUGUGUUUGUGGAGGAUGUUAGCUAAUAUUUUAGAAUUCGUUGGAUCAUUGCCAAAGCUGCAUUCACAUUUGAUCAUUCCUGGAACUUUAAUUUGCGAAGACAAAUCAAGAAAAUUGCAUGGAGAUGAUUUACUGAAUUUGGCAGGAAAAUGUUACAGUCGUUGUUUAAAAUUGCAUCAUAACGAUGAGUUUGUUUGGUUUGAAUUGGUUGCAAAUUAUUAUAAAAUUGCGAGAAGGAGCGUUGAUAAUGAUGGAAGAUUGGAUCAUUUAAAACUUGCAUUUGAAGGCGCUAAACAUUUAGUCAAAUUGUCACCUCAUCGAUGGCAAAAUUGGAAUAUUCUUGGAGUUGUUGCAUCGAGUAAAGAAAUCAACGACCCAGCAUUAGCGCAGCAUUCAUUCAUCAAAGCAAUUUCUUUGGAUAAAAAAACUUAUACAAGUUGGAAUAAUUUAGGCGUUUUCUAUCUUAUGCAAAAUGACAUCAAACUUGGAAAUAAAGCUUUCAGUCGAGCACAACAAUCUGACACAACAUUCUUAAACGCUUGGAUUGGACAAAGUAUCAUUGCGGAAAUGAUUGGAGAUCAAAAUGAAGCAAUGGAUCUUUUCAGACAUUGCACUCAACUUGGCUUUCAUUAUGAGUCAUCCAUUGGAUAUUCCAAUCAUGUUUGUUCCAUUCUCAAUGAAUCUAAUUAUGCGAAUGACCCGAAAUAUGAAUACGCAAUUGAUAAAAUGUUUGCUAUUCCACUUGCACUCGAUCAUGCCCUGUGGCAUACAUUGCUGGAAUCUGAUCAAACAUCUUUUGAAGCUUGGAACUUUGUUGGAUACUUGAGUGGCAAACAAGGUUUGUGGACUCAAGCUAUAACAGCUUAUGAGAACGGUUUGAAGCUUCUUGAGAAUGGAAUUAAGAAGGACAGUUGCUUGACAGACCUCGGCUAUUGUUAUCUCAAAGUUGGAAGAAACUCAGUAGCUACGAAAGCUUUUAUGAAUGUUAAAGAAGCAACUUUUACUUCGACAAUUGGUCUUGCAUUGGCAUUUUACAAAGAUAAGAACUACGAACAAUGCUACGAAACUUAUCAGAAAGCAGUCGAAUGGUUGGCUUCAAGUGAUGAAGAAAAAGCUGCUGUGUUGGUUGCAAUGUCUGCGAUGGUUUACGCAUUUAAGGGCACUGAUGAUGCUAAAAUGGUUCUGUUUCAAUGCAUUGGACUUCCAUCGCCACCUAUCCAAGGGCUUUUCUCCUUAUGUGCUAUAAGUUUACUCCAUAAAGACAAAGAGCUCAGCAAUUUAGUAAUCAAAGAACUGCGGAAAUUUGAAAAGGAUCCUGAACAUGGACAUGAAGUUGCUUUUAUGGUUGCACAAUAUCAUAUUUUACAUACUUCAAAAGCUGAUGCAAUUUCUUAUGUUAGUGAACGAAUUCAUGAGUAUCCUGAACGUCCAUUUUUAAGAAAUUUACUGGCAAAUCUUUUGAUUGAAUCUUACCAAAAUGAUGAGAAACUUAUGAUGUCAGCUUCGAGAAUGGCUCAAAGUUCUUUAUCAUUGCGAUAUGUAGGAAAAUCAGGAAUUUCAUCUCAAGAAGCUGCACAAACUUUAGCUCUUGCAAGCAAAGCUCUCAAGACAACAAAUCAACAAAAAGCUAAAUUACUAGCUCAAGAAUGUGUUCAUAUAAAUCCACAUUAUUGGAAAAAUCUAAAAAAUUUGUAAAUUUUAUUUUCUGGGAAUAAAAAAAGAUUUUUUUCUUCAAAAUUUUCAUAAA